AAGAUAUUAAAAGUCAACAAAGUCUUCGAAUAUCUUCUAGUUUUUAAGUUGUAUGCUAAAAGCAUGUUUAUGAUUGACGUUGGAAACGGAAAUAUGAACGGAAGUUUGUCUCACUUCGGAAGCUGCUUUUGUCAUAACGGUAUUUAAGUGUAGGCUGCUAAUCUGUAUAAUGCAGUGUGUCAUAUAGCAGCGAAGAGGAAACGUAAAAAGUAAAGAUGUUCCAAGCAACCAUCAUUGUCGCAUUGACGUGUCUUCAUCUAUCGUUGAUUUUCGCCGUAAUUACUCCCGACCCACAAUGUGGAAGUACUAAGGGUUGCUACCCCCCGACCUGUCCCGUAGGUGGAUGCAAAGAUUUUCACCUUCGCUGGGAGGACGCUGCGGAAUACAUAAGGUUCAAGAUGGUGGCUUCAGUUCCAUCAACGGGGAACGUCUGGGCAGCUAUAGGCUUCUCAAAGGACAACCAAAUGAAAAACAGUAGUGUGGUGAUGUGCAAAGUGGACCCGACGACAGUGGAGAUAGGGUAUACCGACCCACUCAAAAACUCCUAUGCUGCCUUAAAGACUGUAUCCACCCUAACCAAUGUGUCAGUAGCCCGUAACGGAUCCUAUAUGACGUGUACAUUCGCUCGGAUCAAGAAACCAACGGAGUUCCCGACUCAGAUAUUUGCUCUAAACCAAACCGAUCUAUAUCUUCUGAAUGCACAUGGACCACUUAUAGACGGCAUACCUGGCUAUCACAACGCAAUCAGGCAAGCAAGCGCGAGCACCCUGUCGUUCGUAAAUAUGACCGACACUACUCCAAUUUUGCCAACAACUGACGCCCCUCCUACCAGCACUCAGAUGGCAACUCCUAGCACCACUCCUGCUAAUACUGCUACACCCCUGAAAAUCACUAUUUCGUCCAUGUUCCUUACAUGUUUGGCAGUGGUCGUCACACUCCUGUAAAGAGAAUAGAACUGGUUUCUAUACAAACAGCUUUUAAAUCCAGUGUAUCUUGGUCAAAUUGAAACGUUUCAUUAGUAUAAAGUUAUCUAUAAAUUCUAACGAUGAAGUUCGUCAAAUACCAAGGAAAAGAUGUCUGGAGCAAAAUAAGUCUUUCCUCUAUUUCUGAUUAAGAAAUAUAAUGCAUUUAACUAUUCCGUCUUUUUGUAUUGCAGAGUUAUCUGCUCUUGUGAGCAGGUAUUG